AUGACAUCCAUUGAUUUCCUUGACCUUUCUCAAAAUGGUUUAACUUCAAUUCCAUCAUGGUUUGUUGAGUUCAAGACACUUGUGUACCUUGAUCUUAGUUGGAAUCAACUCACACUUAAUGAACACUUUCUAUCAUCAAUCAUAAAUUCCUUAUGCCACCUAAAAAAAUUGAAGUUAUCAAAAAACAAGCUUUACAUAGAAUUAAUAGAACAUUUCGAUAUAUCUAAAUGUAUUACAUAUGAUUUGCAAUAUUUGGAUUUAGGGUAUAAUAAUAUUAGUGGCCACCUGCCAACUUGGUUGGAGAAACUUGAAAAUCUAAAAUACCUUGAUUUUGCUUCAAAUUUUUUCCAUGGACCUAUCCCUUUGUCAAUAGGAAAGCUGUCAAAACUGCAUGUGCUAAGUCUAUCCAAUAAUAGGUUUGAAGGGUUUAUUCCUGAAAAUAUAGGCCAACUUGUCAAUUUAACCUACUUAGAUCUUUCUUUUAAUAAGUUUGAUGAUUCAAUUCCUCAAAGCUUAUGGAAACUUGCAAGUCUAAAUUCUCUUGAUCUUUCAAAAAAUUCUUUCAAAGGACUCAUUCAUGACAAUAUAGGUCAACUUGUCAAUUUAACUGACUUAGAUCUUUCUUCUAAUAAGUUUGAUGGUUCACUUCCUCAAAGCCUAUGGAAACUUGCAAAUCUAAAGUAUCUUGAUCUUUCAGAAAAUUCUUUUAAUGGGAUCAUUCAUGACAAUAUAGGUCAACUUGUCAAUUUAACUGACUUAGAUCUUUCUUCUAAUAAGUUUGAUGGUUCACUUCCUCAAAGCCUAUGGAAACUUGCAAGUCUAGAGUCUCUUGAUCUUUCAAACAAUUCUUUUAAUGGGGUCAUUCCAAAAAGUCUUUGUCAACUUGUCAAUUUGUAUUAUUUAGAUAUUUCUUCAAACAUGUUGGAUGGAAUAGUGUCUAUGGAAAAAGGAUGUCUUUUAAAUUUGUAUCAUUUGAAUCUCUCCCACAAUCAAAUCAGCGGUCCACUUCCAAAAAAUAUUGGCCAUAUAAUGUAUCCGGGGGGAUUGUUUCUAGGAAAUAACAAGUUAAAUGGUUCAAUACCAUUCUCUCUGUGUCAAAGCCAAAUUGCCAACCUUGACCUUUCAAACAACAAAUUGUCUGGUGAAAUUCCAAACUGUUGGAAGGAUAAUCAAGAAUUGAAUGAGAUAAAUUUGUCAUCCAACAAACUAACAGGAACAUUCCCAAGCUCAUUUGGUAAUCUUUCCUCAUUGUUUUGGUUGCAUUUGAACAACAAUAGCCUUCAAGGAGAGUUUCCUGUGUCUUUUGUAAACUUGAAGCAAUUGUUGAUUUUGGAUAUUGGUGAUAAUUAUCUUUCUGGGAGUAUUCCAUCAUCAUGGACAACAAACACCUUUCCUUUACUACAAGUUCUUAAACUGCGACAUAACAUGUUCAGUGGUAGCGUUCCUUCACAACUAUGCCAACUCAAAUCGCUUAAAAUUUUGGACAUUUCGAGAAACAAUUUACAGGGUUCAAUACCUAAAUGCAUAGGAAACCUUGAAGGAAUGAAAUUGAGAAAAGUAACUACAAAUGAGUUUCUUACAAAGGCUGAUGCCAAAUUAUCUAAUGCAUCUUAUCUUACAGAAGUGGUUAAAGGAGUGGAACGUGAGUAUACUAAAAUAUUGAAGCUUGUAGUACAUAUGGACCUUUCAGAAAACAAUUUGGUUGGAUUCAUUCCAAAUGAAAUCACAUGGCUCACAGGACUGCAUAGUUUGAAUUUGUCAAAUAAUCAAUUGGAAGGAGAGAUUCCCCCAUUGUUAGGAAAUAUGAAAUCACUGGAAUCAUUGGACAUGUCUCAUAACCAACUUUCAGGCAAAAUUCCUAGCACCAUGUCUGCUUUAACUUCACUGAGUCAUUUAAACUUGUCACACAAUAAUCUUUCAGGACCAAUUCCCAAAGAUAAUCAGUUUUCAACUUUUAAUGACCCUUCUAUUUAUGCUUACAAUCCAUACCUCUGUGUAUCUCCACUUCCAAACAUGUGCACUGGUGAUGUUUUGCAUGGAACUUCUGAAAGAAAAGGUAAUGAAGAUGAAGAUGGGAUAGAGAAAGUAUGGUUCUACUUUGUGAUAGCAGUCGGUUUUGGGUCUGGGUUUUGGGGAGUUAUUUGGACUUUGUGGUUCAAGAAGAAUUGGAGACAUGCCUAUUUCAGAUGGGUGGAAGAUGUUGUUGAGGAUAUAUAUGUGACAAUUGUAGUCAAAAUGGAAAAGAUAAAGAAGAAGAUGAAGAGAAACCAUAGCCAUGAGUGA